UGGGCGGAGUCACGACUGUAGGUGCGGCGAGGCGAACGAGCAGCUAUUCGUGGACGUUGGGGAAAAUUUUGUGUUAUACCCACUCAAAACAUCCGCUCGGCAGUGAAGGAGACGGGUCACACGGAACCUAGAGGGAGUUUUAACAGCUAAGUAUUUUUCCAGGUUGAAUUUGGACGACGAAUUCGACAAUAUCGCAGUCAGAAAUUGUAUUUACAUAACCAGCUUUCCCGGUGUUCGCGGCGGGGAGCAGCCGGUCUUGCCACGGUGUCUUGUGGACAGCAAUUGCCUCAAAAUACAGGCCAGUUAAUUACUCUGUUUAUCAGUUAUACUCGGAUAUUGUUGCUAUAGAGAAAGCCCACUAAAGCGUUUUAGUACGUGUAUUUAUAUAUGCAUUUUUUUAUCAUUCAGAAAAACAAGUUAUACAACAAGACUGCUGCGCCUCAGCGAGCUGGGUCCUAAAGCCCGCCCGCCCUGCUGUCACAUUGCCUGAGAGCGCGCUCUGCCUUGUGCCCAAAUGAUUCAGCAGCCAUCAGUUUAUAAAUACUUUGUCAUUAUGGAAAAGGUUCUGUUAGAACAAGGCUAAUUAAAAUAAAGUUGGACCGCAUUACUGAAAACAAAGGAGUUGUAUGCUAACUCAGCAUACACGGACUUUUCCUCACACAUUUGGAUUCCCAGUGGCCUGGUUUUCACGUUUUUUUUUUUUUUUUUUUCCUUUGGCAUAACUGUCAGUGAGUCGGGAUACAAGUGGAUUGAACACAAAAAUACUCUUGAUAACAUUCAAAAAGGAAAAAAGGACUCGUCCAGUUGAGUAAUGGUCAUUAAUACGAUCCACUGGUUCAGGAAGGGCUUGCGGCUCCACGACAACCCGUCGCUCAAGGAAUCUCUGCAGGGAGCGGACACCGUCCGCUGCAUCUACAUCCUCGACCCCUGGUUCGCGGGAUCGUCCAACGUUGGGAUCAACAGGUGGAGGUUCUUACUGCAGAGUCUUGAGGACUUGGACUCCAGCCUCCGAAAGCUCAACUCCCGUCUGUUCGUGAUACGAGGCCAACCCACUGAUGUCUUUCCCAGACUUUUCAAGGAGUGGAAGAUUACUCGUCUGUCUUAUGAGUACGACUCUGAGCCCUUUGGGAAAGAGCGAGAUGCAGCUAUUAAGAAGCUGGCCUCUGAGGCUGGAGUGGAGGUGACAGUCCGCACCUCCCACACACUCUACGACCUGGACAAGAUCAUAGAGUUGAACGGGGGUCAGUCCCCUCUCACCUACAAGCGGUUCCAGACCCUCAUCAGUCGCAUGGACGCGGUGGAGGUGCCUGCGGAGUCCAUCACGGCUGACAUCAUGGGAAAAUGCGCAACGCCGCUGUCCGAGGACCAUGACGACAAGUUCGGGGUCCCGUCCCUGGAGGAGCUCGGUUUUGAUACUGAGGGUCUGCCGUCAGCCGUGUGGCCGGGGGGAGAGACUGAAGCCCUCACACGACUUGAGAGGCAUUUGGAGAGGAAGGCGUGGGUUGCCAACUUUGAGCGUCCCAGAAUGAACGCCAACUCGCUGCUCGCCAGCCCGACGGGCCUCAGCCCGUACCUACGCUUCGGCUGCCUCUCCUGCCGCCUCUUCUACUUCAAACUCACCGAUCUCUACAGGAAGGUGAAGAAGAACAGCUCCCCUCCUCUCUCGCUCUACGGUCAGCUGCUGUGGCGCGAGUUCUUCUACACGGCGGCCACAAACAACCCGUGCUUCGACAAGAUGGAGAGUAACCCCAUCUGCGUUCAGAUCCCCUGGGACCGCAACCCCGAGGCGUUGGCCAAGUGGGCGGAGGGCCGCACCGGUUUCCCCUGGAUCGACGCCAUCAUGACCCAGCUGAGGCAGGAGGGCUGGAUCCACCACCUGGCCAGGCACGCCGUGGCCUGUUUCCUGACCAGAGGGGACCUGUGGAUCAGCUGGGAGGAAGGCAUGAAGGUGUUUGAGGAGCUGCUGCUGGACGCAGACUGGAGUGUGAACGCCGGCAGCUGGAUGUGGCUCUCCUGCAGCUCUUUCUUCCAGCAGUUCUUCCACUGCUACUGCCCCGUGGGGUUCGGCCGCCGCACAGACCCCAACGGAGAUUACAUACGGCGCUACCUGCCCAUUCUCAGAGGGUUUCCAGCCAAGUAUAUUUAUGACCCGUGGAACGCUCCGGAGAGCGUGCAGAAGGCGGCCAAAUGUAUCAUCGGAGUGCAUUACCCGAAGCCCAUGGUGCACCACGCGGAAGCCAGCCGCCUCAACAUCGAGCGAAUGAAACAGAUCUACCAGCAGCUCUCCUGUUACAGAGGCCUCGGCCUUUUGGCUACAGUUCCCUCCAACUCCAACGGCCACGGCGAACCGUCCUCAGACGUGAUGGCAUUCCACGCCGAGGCGAGGCAUGAUGCUACAACUGCAUCAGGCUACCAGAUGCCGGUUCACUCCCAGGGAGACUGGCAAAGUGGCGUCAUGAUGUACCUGCAGGGGGAUUCACAAUCCAGCAUCGGCACACACCAGCAGGUUCCAGGUUAUCCAGGCCCCAGUUCCAGUGUGAUGUGCUACACUCAAGGCGCUCAGCAGAUACCUGCCCCUGUUAAAGGGCUUGAACACCACUCCAACGCUCAGACAAGUGGCAAACGGCACAGCGGGGACUCUGGGACUGGCAAAAGCUCUAAAGUCCAGAGGCAGAGCACUCACUAGAAAAGGAGUUCUCUGCAGACUUGCCGAGACAUGCCGGCCAACACAAAGUGGACACUUACAUUUUUUUUUAAGCACUAAACCGUUGCAUGAUCACACCUACAAGAGGAGCGUGCAAACCUGUCGAUAAACACAUUCAUUCACAAGUUAAAGUUUCUCGAGUAAACGGACUGUACAUUAUGUACAUUAUGUGGACUGAACACGACCUGGCCAGUGCUGACAUCACUGGAGAGGCUGCGACACUGUGCUUAUCUUUGGGUUAAUAUUGCUGGGACUGUGAGGUCCUUGUGUAUAUAAUGAAUUUGCUAAUUUCAGCUCACAUACAACUUGUACAUAUUUGGAUAUUGUAUGUGUGUUUUCUCUCUUUGUGUAGCCAUAGACCCAUUGAUAUAUUUUUGAUAUGAGAAAUCGUUGUGGAUGGAUCUUUCUUUUUUGGAAAAUUUUCAAUAAAAAUGAAAGCAUUUAUAGUCCCCGCAUCCUAAAAAAUGUUGCGAAAUCUUGUAUCUCUGCUAAUACAGCCGCUGGUCCUCAUUUACUCUUACUUCCCACCUUUCUCCUUUUUGAGCCAUCAGAUGUAUCUAUCAACAGAAGUGUUUUGAGCAUUUCCUUAUCUCUACCCGAGUACUAGUCGGCUCGUUAUACUCCGUAUCGCUGUAGAGGCGAUAUUAUGACGUUAACUAUCAACUUACUGCCCUCGUCAAUGACUUUUGAGAAAAGGUGACAGAAAUAAAGAGUCUUCAUAUCAUUCCCCCCCGCCUCCGUGUAAUUCCCAAUAAAUGUACCACUGGAGAGAA